GCUGCGGGACUGAGAGGGGCCCAGGAUGGCGGCUCCGAGCGGGCAGACGUCCACCCCGAGUCCCCAGACCUCCAAGAGAGCGCUGCCGAGAGAGCCAUCGUCGGAGAUCCCGAGCAAGAGAAGGACGUCGGCCCCGUCUACACUGCCGUCGCUGCCGCCGGCCCCGCUGCAGCCGUCCGGCCCUUUCGUGGAAGGCUCGAUCGUCCGCAUCGCCAUGGAGAACUUCCUAACAUAUGAUAUCUGUGAAGUGUCUCCUGGGCCGCACUUGAAUAUGAUUAUUGGAGCUAACGGAACGGGGAAGUCCAGCAUCGUGUGUGCCAUUUGCCUUGGAUUAGCAGGCAAGCCUGCUUUCAUGGGGAGGGCAGAUAAGGUUGGCUUUUUUGUGAAGCGGGGAUGUUCAAAAGGCACGGUUGAAAUCGAAUUAUUCAAGGCUUCUGGGAAUCUUGUCAUCACCCGUGAGAUUGAUGUGACAAAAAACCAGUCCUUUUGGUACAUCAACAAAAAGUCUACAACCCAGAGAGAAGUGGAAGAGCAGAUUGCAGCUUUGAAUAUUCAAGUGGGCAAUCUUUGUCAGUUUCUACCUCAGGACAAAGUGGGGGAAUUUGCUAAACUCAGCAAAAUUGAACUCCUUGAAGCUACUGAGAAAUCCAUUGGUCCUCCAGAAAUGCAUAAGUAUCACUGUGAACUCAAAAACUUCAGGGAGAAAGAAAAACAACUAGAGACCUCAUGCAAAGAAAAAAAUGAAUAUCUAGAGAAAAUGAUUCAGAGGAAUGAAAGAUACAAGCAAGAUGUGGAAAGAUUCUAUGAACGUAAACGGCACUUAGAUUUAAUUGAGAUGCUUGAAGCUAAAAGGCCAUGGGUGGAAUAUGAAAAUGUUCGUCAAGAAUAUGAAGAGGUAAAAUUGGCUCGUGACCAAGCAAAAGAAGAGGUCAGAAAACUUAAAGAAGGACAAAUUCCUGUAACACGGCGAAUUGAAGAAAUUGAAGGACAGCGUCACAUUUUGGAAGUCCGAAUCAAAGAGAAGGCAGUGGAUAUUAAGGAGGCCUCUCAAAAAUGCAAACAAAAGCAAGAUGUUUUAGAGAGGAAAGAUAAACAUAUCGAGGAACUGCAGCAAGCCUUAACAGUAAAGCAAAAUGAGGAGCACGACCGGCAGAGGAGAAUAAGCAACACCCGCAAAAUGAUCGAAGAUUUGCAGAAUGAACUGAAGGCCACAGAGAGCUGUGAGAGCCUGCAGCCCCAGAUUGAUAGCAUCGCCGACGAGCUGAGGCGGGUCCAAGAUGAAAAGGCGUCAUGUGAAGGCGAGAUCGUGGAUAAACGCAGAGAGAGGGAGAUGCUGGAGAAGGAGAAGAAGAGUGUGCAUGAACAUAUGGUUCGUUUUGACAAUCUUAUGAAUCAAAAAGAAGAUAAACUGCGACAGAGAUACCGUGACACGUAUGAGGCUGUUUUAUGGCUACGAAGCAACAGAGAUAAAUUUAAGCAAAGAGUCUGUGAGCCUAUGAUGCUCAUGAUCAAUAUGAAAGAUAAUAGAAAUGCCAAAUACAUUGAAAAUCAUAUUUCAGCAAAUGACUUGAGAGCUUUUGUCUUUGAAAGCCAAGAAGAUAUGGAGGUUUUCAUGAGAGAGGUUCGUGACAAUAAAAAAUUAAGAGUCAAUGCUGUUAUUGCUCCCAAUAGUUCAUAUGCAGAGAAAGCACCUUCAAGGUCUCUGAACGAACUAAGACAAUAUGGAUUUUUCUCUUAUUUGCGAGAGUUAUUUGAUGCACCUGAUCCUGUGAUGAGUUACCUUUGUUGCCAGUAUAAUAUUCAUGAAGUUCCUGUUGGAACUGACAGGACCAGAGAAAAAAUUGAACGGGUCAUCAAAGAAACCCGAUUAAAACAAAUUUACACGGCAGAAGAAAGGUAUGUGGUGAAAACCUCCGUGUACUCCAACAAAGUGAUCUCUUGUAACACCUCCCUGAAAGUAGCCCAGUUCCUCACUGUGACCGUGGAUUUAGAGCAAAGAAGGCAGCUGGAAGAACAGCUGAAGGAAAUUCACAGGAAAGUACACGCCGUGGACUCCGGAUUGAUGGCCUUACGUGAGACCAACAAGCAGCUAGAACACAGGGACAAUGAGCUUAGACAAAAGAAGAAGGAGCUUCUUGAAAGGAAAACAAAGAAAAGACAACUGGAACAAAAGAUUAGUUCCAAGCUGGGAAGUUUAAGACUGAUGGAACAGGAUACUUGCAACCUUGAAGAGGAAGAACGGAAAGCAAGUGCCAAAAUCAAGGAAAUAAAUGUCCAGAAAGCAAAAGUUGUUACUGAAUUGACAAACUUAAUAAAGAUUUGUGCUUCUUUGCAUAUGCAAAAGGUAGACUUAAUUCUGCAAAAUACCACAGCCAUCUCGGAGAAGAACAAAUUAGAAUCAGAUUAUAUGGCAACGUCUUCACAAUUGCGUAUCACAGAGCAAAAUUUCAUGGAGUUGGAUGAAAAUAGAAAUCGACUAUUGCAGAAAUGCAAGGAACUUAUGAAGAGAGCUAGGCAAGUAUGUAACCUGGGUGCGGCGCAGACGGUCCCUCGACAGUACCAGACACAAGUACCCACCAUUCCAAAUGGACGCAGCUCCUCACCCCCUAUGGCCUUCCAAGAUCUUCCCAACACCUUGGAUGAAAUCGAUGCUUUAUUAACUGAAGAAAGAUCAAGAGCGUCUUGCUUCACAGGACUGAAUCCGACAAUUGUUCACGAAUACGCAAGAAGGGAAGAAGAAAUAGGACAGUUAACUGAAGAACUACAGAGAAAGAAAGUAGAACUGGAUAAAUACAGGGAAAGCAUUUCACAGGUAAAAGAAAGAUGGCUAAACCCUUUAAAGGAACUGGUAGAAAAAAUUAAUGAAAAAUUCAGCAAUUUUUUUAGCUCCAUGCAGUGUGCGGGUGAAGUUGAUCUCCAUGCAGAAAAUGAGGAAGACUAUGACAAAUACGGAAUUCGAAUUAGAGUCAAAUUUCGUAGUAGUACGCAACUGCAUGAAUUAACGCCUCAUCACCAAAGUGGAGGUGAAAGAAGUGUUUCAACCAUGCUAUACCUGAUGGCACUUCAGGAGCUUAAUCGAUGUCCAUUUAGAGUCGUCGAUGAAAUCAACCAGGGAAUGGACCCCAUCAAUGAAAGGAGAGUAUUUGAAAUGGUUGUAAAUACUGCCUGUAAAGAAAACACAUCCCAGUACUUCUUCAUCACACCAAAGCUCCUGCAAAACCUCCCUUAUUCUGAGAACAUGACCGUGCUAUUUGUCUACAACGGGCCUCACAUGCUGGAGCCCAGCAGGUGGAAUCUCAAGGCGUUCCAGAGGCGGCGACGCCGGAUUACGUUCACUCAGCCUUCUCAAUAGAAGUCCGGGGGGUGGGGGUGGGGACAGUGGGAAAUGUUGUGUGGGAAAAUCUGUUCUUAAGUACAGCGCAAGCGAAUAAAAGCUAGGAUUUUCAUUACAACUGAAAGAAAGAUGGGUUAUUUUUGGAAACCUGCUGUUAAACAGGUUGACGAAACAGAGACCAUAGUAACAUUUCUCUGGAAUCAUCUGGUAGUGAAACCAAGUCCUCGGUCACAGUUGACCUGGGUCUUCAGCACAGUAACCCCGAGUCUGGGCUCCUGUGUGAAUGAAAGGUGCCGUGCCAGGGGGUCCCCGCCAUCUGGGUCGCUGAGACGACCCUGGGCUUUCAUUGCAGAGCCACUUACAACUACAGAGUAUAAAGAUGGCUCUGGAGGCAGUCCUCGUUUUCUCCCAGUGUGGAUUUAAUCUUUUAAAGAUUGCUAAGGAAAUUCUUAAUCUUAAAUGUCUAAUCAUAAUUUAUGAUAAAACUAUUCAUUCCUAUUAAAAAAUGUGUUUAUCUGCACUAGACAGCAGAAUUUUAUGGACCUUGAGCAAAUGUUUUGUGAAGCUUGAUGCUAGCGUUGUGCGGGCAGUUCAGUGGUAGAAGAGCCGCGGGGUCAGAGAAGGUAGCUGGCUGUCUCUGGAGCACCGCCAGGUGGGCACGGAAGCUGUAACCUGCAACCCAAAGAUACGCAGAACAGAAGCCGGUGACGGAGGUUUUUAAAGAAAACCCCUCCUUGUAAACUGUGGGUUUUCUUUUAAAGUCAAUUCUAUUUUACAUCUUAAAUUUCUAACACACUUUUAUAAUUAUUUUUAGUAAGAUUUUUCUGAAGAUUUCAUAUACUGGUUUCUACAAUUUAUAUUUGAAAUCUCAGUGUUAAGUAAAGAGUGAAGGGAAAGUAUUGCUUUGUUUCAAACCAUAACGGACUUGGAAUGUAAAACUUGUGGGCUCCUUACAGUGUUAGGCUGCCACCUGGUCUUAAAUCCUGUUUACACUGGGAUUUUUUUCAGUGUGAAAGAAUUAGAUGAGAAAACCCCUUCUUUAUUUCUGAGUUUAGGAGUGCCAAAUUCUGUUCUGUCAACAAAGAAAUCUUGUGAGAUAAUAGGAGAGUUCAGGGAUAUGUCUGUGAACAGUGAAUUGGAUCUGUACUGGUAACGACAAGUUGUUUGUUUGUUUGCUUGUUUUUUACUUCCUAGCCCAAAUGAAUCAGAAGAAUUGUACUCUGUUUGGGUUUUGCAUAUUCCUAAAUAGCCAUUGAAAUUUAUAUUCUUAAUAGAUCCCAAAGUAAUAAACCUUAAGUUUAUGUUCUCAGCCCCCUUCUCUUCAGAAAGGUCUUCUCUUUUUCCUCUAUGGACAAAGUUUGAAAGAAACGGCCUUCUCUUUUUAAACUAAGUCCAAACUAUGAAAAUAUUUUAAAAUAACAUUUUUACUAGUGUAAACAAGUCAUAUCAACACUGAAAAGCUUGGUAGCAUAUUAUUAAGCAGAUAUUGUUACCAAAUGUUUUUACUGUUAAAUACUUCGUUUUCCACCAAAGUAUCUCUACCACUCUUGGUGUAGUUUGUUUAUUGAGUUAAGUUAAUGCCAAUCAUCUUGUCCUUGGAAAAUGAAUAUUAAUGUAGAGGAAAAGCUUGAAGAUACGAAAUUUUUGAAAGGGAAAAAAAGUCAAUUAUGUUUUAAUUUACAUAUGCAAAUGGUUAGUCCAUACUUUGUAAGCAUUUACAUUUCUCUGCUGAACAGUUAAUAUUUGGUUUUACAUUGAAUUUUGGGCUAUGAAGGAUAAAUUAUGUAUUAUUUUAACAUUAAACAAUUACGAGUGACCAGUCUAAUACAGUAUAGUCUCAGACACAUAAAAUUUUACAUACAUGUACUCUGCAGAGGUUAAGUUUUAAUUAAAUACACUUUGUAAAACACGCCAAGUAAAAGUCUGAUUUGAUGGAUAAAAUGGUACUUAAGACUUUACGGUGACAAGUGUUUUGAUGACUAAUUCUUGAUUGCUUGCCUAAGGGAGGAGGCCCUUGCUGAGGGUUUCAGUAUUGCAAGUACAAGGGAAUGCCCGCUGCUUUCCAUCGUCUUUUGGACACGUGCUGUUUUCUCUGGAAUACGGACCCGAGUCUGUGAACUGUACGUCCGUCCUGCCUGUUCCCGGUGUGCCAGUGUGCGUGUGCGGUCAGCCUGUGUGUGACUGACAGAAAGUGGGAAAUGCUGCUUUGUUCCUAAUAAACACCUAUUUUUCAUAGA